CAAUCGUGACAAUAUACCACGUCCAGAAAGAAAUAUUCCGUCCAAGACUAGAAAGACUGGUGUAUUACGAGGGCACCGAAUCACCGGAGGAAAGCGUAACCUGCCGAUUUCCAAUUUUACAUCCGUUCGAGAAGUCCAUCCUUCACUUAAUAAGUGUGGCUCCACCCGUAAGGUGCCCGCAGCGGAACUUGGUCCUAACGCAGAUCGACAGGGACGGUCGACUAGGUUUCAACCGGACGGCCCUGCAGCUUCUGGGCUACGAUGAGGAUGCAUCGAGUUUGGACUGUUACUAUCAGGAGAUCAGCCGAGCUCCCGAGGAUGACUUCAACGUCAUCUACGGCGAGAAGGUGCCCCUCACAGACACCCACAUCCCCACCGAGGACUUCAUCUAUGUCGAGUGCGAUCACAGACUCACCAGGAUACCCGUCUACAGGAAUUUCCAUGCCUACGCCAGGAGACACCCCAGUGUGCGCCGCUUCAAGGAUGACUUGGAGUUGGGCGUAUCGGUGAUCGGAAUAGAUUCCAUGUCUCGGCUCAACUUCAUGCGGCAGCUCUCCGAGUCGUACCGGCUCUUGACCGAGAGGAUGAACGCCACCGUCAUGUUGGGCUUCAACAAAGUUGGAGAGAAUACCUGGCCGAACGUCAUGGCAAUGCUCACCGGCAGAGAGUCCCCGCCGUACCCGCACAAUUCCUACCGGGGCUGGCCGUUCAUCUGGAACGAGUUUCGGGAAGCUGGCGCAGCGACGAUAUACGCCGAGGACCUACCGGAGUUCAACAUGUUCGACUAUUUGGCCAGCGGGAUCAAAGAGCAGCCGACUUUGCAUUACAUGCGGACCUUCUGGCUCGCCGUCGAAGCCUCCUUCUUGUACAAAACUAGCGCAACCUACUGCCUCGGCCCCACGCCCAAACAUAUCAUCUUCUUCGACUACCUCCUGUCUUUCCUGCGAGCCUACAAAGACUCCCCUGUUUUCAUGUUCUCCUUGUUCAACGAGCUUAGCCACGAUUACGUCAACACUGUCGGGGUACUCUAG